AUGGGGCCUCCUCUUUACCACCUAUCAGAUUUGGCCCUUCCCUCCUACCAAGGAGACCGCUGGUAACAUUCACAUUUUUACAUGGAAUUUUUCGAAAUAAAGGGGGCGGUAUAGGAUUCGAACCCCCGAUAUCACUGCUAAGACCCUUCGACUCGCCCACUCGAGCCGCUUAGCCCUUCUUAAAUUGGUGGUUAAGGUGCAUAAGGCUUAGGUACUGCUUUAAAAAAUUGCAUUAAUCUCAUAAAUUUGACACUUGAUCUUGGUUGGAAUUAAAUUGGUUCAAAAGGUGCAUCAGGCUUAAAUUCUUAUUUAGCGUAUUGCACUAAUCUCUAAAAUUUGAAACUUUCUCUUAGAGCAAAUUAUAUUGGUGAUCAAGGUGCAUCAUGCUUAGGUUCUGCUUUAGUAAGUUGCACUAAUUUCUCAAAUUUGACACUUGAUCUUGAAUAGAAUGAAAUUGGUGACUAAGGUGCAUCACUCUUAAUUUCUGCUUUAGCAAAUUGCAAUAAUCUCUCCAAUUUGACACUUUUUCUUGAUGAAAAUUAAAUUAGUGAUUAAGGUUUAUCAGGCUUAGGUUCUGCUUUAGCAAAUUGCACUAUUCUCACAAAUUUUACUCUUACUCUUGAUAGGAGUUAUAUUGAUGAUGAAGGUGCAUCAGGCUUAGGUUCUGCUUUAGCAAAUUGUACUAAUCUUUCAAAUUUGACACUUUAUCUUAGAAACAAUUAAAUUGGUGAUUAAGGUACUUCAGACUUAGGUUCUGGUUUAGCAAAUUGUAUUAAUCUCUCAAAUUUAACACUUAAUCUUGGUUUGAAUUCAAUUGGUGAUGAAGGUGCAUCAGGCUUAGGUUCUGCUUUAGCAAAUUGCACUAAUCUGUUAAAUUUGAAACUUAAUCUUAGAGCCAAUUAAAUAGGUGAAACAGGUGCAUUAGGCUUAGGCUCUGCUUUAGUAAAUUGCACUAAUCUCUCAAAUUUGACACUUGAUCUUGAGUAAAAACAGGAAAAUAUAAUAAGUGCAUCAGGCCUAGGUUCUGCAUUAGCAAAUUUCACCAAUCUCUCAAAUUUGACACUUAUUCUUGAAUCCAAUUAAAUUGAUAAUGAAAGUGUAUAAAGCUUAGGUCCUGCUUUAGCAAAUUGCAAUACUCUCUCAAAUUUGACACUUAAUCUUAAGGAAAAUAAAAUUGGUGUAACAGGUAUAUUAGGCUUAUGUUCUGGUUUAGCAAAUUGCACUAAUCUCUCAAAUUUGAGACUUGAUUUUUCGUAAAAAUAGUUUAUUUGUUUUGGAUUAUGA